AUGUCUUCUUUUCACGAGGUCCAAGAGCAACUUCUUUUGAGUUAUGAGGACGGUAUUCUAGACGAAGAUGAGUUUUUGCUACUACACGAGCAAUUUAUGCCGAAAAAUCCCAAUUUCUCGUACGAGGAAUACGACAGGUUUUCCCUCGAUGAGAUGAAUGAUGCCGAGUGCUUGGCAGAAUUUAGAUUUAGAAAGCACGACUUACAAAUUCUCUCAGAGGUUCUUCAAAUACCUGAUAGCUUCAGAUGCUAUCAAAGAAGUGUUGUUGACGGAAUGGAAGGUCUCUGCAUUCUUCUUAGAAGAUUAAGUUAUCCCUGCAGAUACAGUGACAUGAUUUUGCGAUUCGGACUGCCAGUACCAGUUCUCAGUAUGGUCAGUAAUGACGUCUUGGAUUUUAUAUAUAACACUCACAGACAUCGCAUAACACAGUGGAACCACAAUGUGCUUAAUCCAGCUGCAUUACAGAUUUACAGUAACGUUAUUUCCGGCAAAGGAGCUGCUUUACAUAAUUGUUUUGGGAUCGUUGAUGGGACCGUUCGACCCGUAUGCAGACCAGGAGAGCACCAAAGAGUCAUCUACAACGGCCAUAAGAGGGUUCACGCUCUACAAUUCCAGUGUGUGGCUCUACCCAAUGGUUUAAUUGGUAACCUAUUUGGUCCAGUGGAUAAGUUUUGCGGGGAGGGUUUGUACAAAGAGAGAGUGGGCGAUUUCAAUUUCACUAUGUUUUUAACAAGAAAUAUUGGAAGAGUGUCAGGGGUAAAGAGUGAGAGGCUUAUGUGACAAACCUGUACAAGAAGCAUUUUUAGUUCCUUACGAAUUUUUUACUUCGUUUUACUGUUUCAGAGGGUCGUAAACACGAUGCUGGAAUGCUAGCUGAUUCAGGACUUCUUCAAGACCUGCAACGCUUUGCAAAUUCACCAGCUGGCAGCAUGCCGGAUCGCCGUACAAGCAAAAUGGACCCUCAUAGAAUUUACUUACAGACGCCAUUCCGAAAUAGAGCCCUUACUGCCCCAAUGAUUGCUUUCAACCAGUCUAUGAUUACAGUGCGGGAGUCCGUAGAAUGGCUGUUUAAUGACAUUGUAAAUUAUUUUAAGUUUAUGGACUUUAAAAAGAAUCUAAAAAUUAGUUUGAGUAGUGUAGGAAAGAUGUAUGUCGUUUGUGCAAUUCUCAGGAAUGCUCUUACAUGCCUAUAUCCAAAUCAGACAUCGCAAUACUUUAUCUUAGAUCCGCCAACACUACAAGAUUACUUUUCUUGA